CACCGGGCUCCUUUGUGGACUGGCCCGCCUUCAACAUCUGGGCGCCGCGCGGGCCACCUCUGGGCGCCGCGCCGCCGCGCCGCCGCGCCUUGGGGACCCUCGGAGGCGCAGCCCCGAGGCCGGAGACUUCAGUUUGGGACCAGCCCCCCGGGAUGCGGUAGCGGCCGCUGUGCGGAGGCCGCCGAGCAGCUGCAGCCGCCGCCGCCGCGCAGAUCCACGCUGGCUCCGUGCGCCAUGGUCACCCACAGCAAGUUUCCCGCCGCCGGGAUGAGCCGCCCCCUAGACACCAGCCUGCGCCUCAAGACCUUCAGCUCCAAGAGUGAAUACCAGCUGGUGGUGAACGCAGUGCGCAAGCUGCAGGACAGCGGCUUCUACUGGAGCGCCGUGACCGGGGGCGAGGCGAACCUGCUGCUCAGCGCUGAGCCCGCCGGCACCUUCCUCAUCCGCGACAGCUCGGACCAGCGCCACUUCUUCACGCUCAGCGUCAAGACCCAGUCCGGGACCAAAAACCUGCGAAUCCAGUGCGAGGGGGGCAGCUUCUCGCUGCAGAGCGACCCUCGGAGCACGCAGCCUGUGCCCCGCUUCGACUGUGUGCUCAAGCUGGUCCAUCACUACAUGCCGCCCCCUGGCGCCCCCUCCUAUGCCUCGCCCCCUACCGAACCCUCCUCUGAGGUGCCCGAGCAACCGCCGGCCCAGCCGCCCCCAGGGAACCCCCCGAGGAGAGCCUAUUACAUCUACUCCGGGGGCGAGAAGAUUCCUCUGGUUUUGAGCCGACCCCUCUCCUCCAACGUGGCCACCCUUCAGCAUCUCUGUCGCAAGACCGUCAAUGGCCACCUGGACUCCUAUGAGAAAGUCACUCAGCUGCCUGGACCCAUUCGGGAGUUUCUGGACCAGUAUGAUGCCCCGCUUUAAGAUGCAAAAGGCAGGGGUCGAGGAGAGGGGCCUAGACCCCCUCUCCCCCUGCACCACAGAGCACAAGCACAAGAAUCCAGCCUGAAGAGUCCUGGAGCUCUGGGUGAGGCAGGGGGUGGACAGGUGGCCCUGCCCCCUGCAGAACGGCCUCAAGGACCGGGAACAUGUUGGAGGGUCUCGGGAGCACCGCGGGGCUAGCUCCCUGCCCUACUCCGGCCUCUGCUGGAGCCAGCUGGCCGGGUGGCCCACAGCUGAGACUGGUGGAUUCUCUCCUCUCACCUCUUCCGCUCCCCCACUGCCUCCGCUGCAGGAAUGUUGGACUUGUGAGGACUACCUGGGGAUCUUCAAACUUUCCAAUGGAACUUGUUUGCUUUUGGUUUAAAAUGUAUCUUUAAGCCAAAGCAGGGCCGGGAGCCUGGAGAAGGGCAGCUGAGAAGGGAGCACAGGAGGGACCCCUGGGCUGCAGGCUAGCAGAACAGAAGGUGGCCUCUUAGGUGAGGAGGGUGGCUUCUAGCUCUUCCUUCGGCUCUGGCAAGAAGGACAAGGGUGAACUGAAGGGGACCCUUUUGCUUCCCCUCCCUUGGAACAGCCACCAGAAACAUGGGUCCCUGAGUCUGUCCCGUGCCUGGGUGCCCAGGACCCUUCCCCGUUUUAAGGGGGAGGAGACAUUUUUUUUUUUUGGGGGGGGGUGAUCAGGCUGGUCAGUUGCUCUUCUCUCCAUCCACCUUUGACCUCUCAGUCCCUGGGGGUAAAGAAAGCUGAGUUGUCUUUGAUCCCAGACAGAGAAGAUAGGGGGUGAUUCUACUUUGUGCCUCCUGAGUUUGGCGAGAUUUGCCUUAAAUGAUCCUUGUCCUAUGGACAGGGACUGGCACACAGAAGCCACACACUCAGCCAAUCCCAGUAGUGGCCGAGGGAUUCUGGGAGGGCCUAAGGCCAGCCACUCAGCACCGCAGAGGGGGGGGGGCGGAGACCUGCCACCUGGGUUCUGGCUGAGCAUCAGCCUGGCUGUUAGCCACCAGUUAACAAUGCCUCCCGGUGCCGGGCCCUGGGCCAGACCAGAGCCAUCAGAUCCCGUACCCCUCCAGACCCUGCACAGCAGCCCCUCACCUGGGCAGAGGAGUCAGGCAUAGACAGUAAAUCUUAAGAGGCCUCCCACCCUCACCCCCACCCCUGAGCUGCUUCUGCUCUUGGAUAGCACUGAUCAGUGAAAAUUUACAGGAAUGUAGCAGCAAUGGAAUUACCUGGAACUGUUCUUUUCUCGGGGGAGAAGUCAACAAAGAUUUUUUUCCCCCCUCUAUGUCAGGUAUGGGACUGGAUGAGGCAGUGGUGUGUUGGGGUAGUUUUUUUUUUUUUCUGUUAUUUUUUGUUUUGUUUUGAAUAAUGUUUACAAUCUGCCUCAAUCACUCUGUCUUUUUAUAAAGAGUCCACCUCCAGUCCUCACCUCCCCCCCUGCCCCUAGGCCUUCGAGGCUGUUAGGAGAUGCUUGAAGAACUCAACAAAAUACCAAUUCAAGUCAAACUUUGCACAUAUUUAUAUUUAUAUUCAGAAGAGAAACAUUUCAGUAAUUUAUAAUAAAGAGCACUAUUUUUUAAUGAAAAAAA